AUGGAUCUUGAAGAGGCGGGAGUUCAGUGGAAAUUACAGCUACAAGAAUUGGAAGAGAUUAGAAAUGAAGCAUACGAGAAUGCCACGAUUUACAAGGAGAAAAGCAAAAUCUUCCAUGAUCAGCAAAUCUCAAGAAAAUCAUUUGUAGUGGGGCAAAAAGUCCUUUUGUAUCACUCGAGACUUAAACUUUUCCCUGUGGAGAUCCAAAGUUUAAAGACGGAGAAAAAGUUCGUGGUGAAUGGCCAUCGUCUAAAACCUUAUUAUGAAGGAUUCUCUGUUGAAGAAGUAGAAGUUGUACACUUCAAGAAUCCAAUUUAUCUCGUUUGA